AUGGAUCCUAAAAUUAUUUGUUGGAAUGUUCGUGGUUUAAACGGUUUAAAUAGAAGAGAUGUGGUAAAGAAGAAAAUAAGAGACUGGAAUCCAAAUAUUGUACUUCUGCAGGAAACCAAAAUUCAACAGUGGAAUGAUCUUCUGGUGUGGAAAUGUUGGAGCAAAAAAUCAUUAAAAUGGUUAGAUUCUCCAUCUCAAGCAAGUUCUGGAGAUAUACUCUGUCUUUGGGAUUCUUCUAAAAUUCAAGUUUUGGAUUAUUUAUUGGGACCUUACUCAAUUACAAUCUUAUGUAAGAAUGUUUCAAACGGGUUUGAAUGGAUGUUUACUGGUUUAUAUGCACCAUGUUCUUCACACACUGAUGAAGUAUAUCUCUUUUGGAGACAAAUUGAACAAGUUAGGUGCUUUUGGAAUUAUCCUUGGGUUCUUGGUGGUGAAUUUAAUGAGAUAAGAUUUUCUCAUGAAAGAUCUUCUGGAGGAGAUGUUACUAAUGGCAUGGAUAGAUUUGAUAGAUUCAUAUCAAAGCAUCAUUUGAUUGAUCUACCACUUCAUGGAGAUACUUACACUUGGACGAAUAAUCAAAUCCAAAGCAUUAGAAGCAGAAUUGAUAGAUUCCUUAUUUCUCCGGAUUGGGAGUGUGUUUAUCCUCAAGUUAUUCAACAAGCACUUGCACGGCCUUGUUCUGAUCAUAAUCUAUUAGCACUAAUUUGUCAGGGGUUGAAGUUUGGUCCACCACCUUUUCGCUGUAGUGCUGGUUACAUUUUCUGUAAAAAGCUUCAACUUCUUAAACUGAAAUUGAGGGAGUGGAGCAAAAGAGAAUAUGUAGAUGUUGAUAGGAGAUUGCAAGAUCUGGAGGAUGUUUUUGUGGCUUUAGAUGAAGCUGAAAAUGCUAACAAUGGACUUUCAUAG